AUCGAAUUUGUUGUUACUGUGUUGCUUUGAGGAGCGGUGUUUCAUUUUAAGACAAGUUCAAUAAAUUCAAAAACAAAGUAGGCUGAUUAAAAUGGCCGGGACGGCUUCAGUAGCGGGUGAAGUGUUCGUCGAUGCGUUGCCAUAUUUUGACCAAGGAUACGACGCAACGGGAGUUCGAGAAGCGGCUGCAGCAUUGGUUGAAGAGGAGACCAGAAGAUACCGACCUACCAAGAACUACCUGAGCUACUUGCCCACACCGGACUUUGCUGCUUUUGAGACAGAGAUCAUGAAGAAUGAGUUUGAGCGGCUUGCGGCUCGACAGCCCCUGGAGCUUCUGAGCAUGAAGAGAUAUGAGCUGCCUGCGCCUUCAGCAGGACAGAAGAACGACAUCACUGCGUGGCAGGAGUGCGUCAACAACUCCAUGGCGCAACUGGAGCACCAGGCGGUCCGCAUCGAGAAUCUAGAGCUGAUGUCACAGUAUGGAACCAACGCGUGGAAAGUCUACAAUGAUAACUUGGCUUAUAUGAUUGAGAUGGCACAAAAGGAACUUCAGAAAUUCAGGAAGCAAAUUCAGGACAUCAACUGGCAGCGCAAGAACGAUCAGUUGGCAGGAGGAGCCAAACUACGAGAGCUGGAGUCCAAUUGGGUGUCUCUGGUCAGCAAGAACUACGAGAUCGAGCGAGCCAUCGUCCAGCUGGAGAAUGAAAUCGCUCAGCUCAGACAACAGCAGGGGGACGAGAACAAGGAGAAUAUUCGGCAGGACUUCUAGAUGACGCCUCAGUCACACAGAUGUCAGCUUGUUUCAUAAACGUUUGUGGAUUGAGAAGCAAGAAGGUGGUUAAGUGACCUGUUCGUCUGAGAUUUAAUGUGAAUCUUGCCAAUAACUUUGACCUUCAGGAGGAGCCACCGACACACACUUCACCACACCUCAUGUUUCACUGUACAAACAGUGUUGGAAUAUGUUUCAAUGAGACUUUUCGAACAGUUUCUGCCCCCUGAGGAACACAGAUAUUAAGUGAUCCCAUGUACAGUCUACAAAAAUACAAGACAUUCUUACAAAAGAAGAGUUUGAUUCUUAAACAAUAAAAUAUUACUACUUUGGUCAGUAGCUCACGUUGAUGCUUGACUCGGUUAAGUGUUUCCCAAACAGUGAACUGUGUUAUUUGUUGAAAUCCUCUUCACGUCUAGAUAGUCAUCAAUACAUAAGGUUGUCUGUGGAAGUGUAGUUUAAGUGUGUAGCUGAUAAACUCUUCCUCCUCCUGUGUGCUCGCUUGUUAAAGCUCUGCCCUCCAGACACACAGGCCUGAGUAGUGAAUAAUACUUUGUGUUUCAUUUAAUUUGUCAUAUCACUUUAUACGUUAAGCCCCGCCUUCCUCUUCUCUGUUAGGGAAUGAGCUCUGUCAACCAAUCACAAGUGUUGUUACAAGUCAGUCUAACAGCUGCCGCAUCGUUAUUGGCUCACUGACGAGAAUCAGAAUACUGUAUCAAUCCCUGGGGGAAAUUGGUUGCAUUACAUUUUGUUCCCUCAGUACUAAAAUUGUAUUAAUAAUUUAGAGUUAAGUUAUCAAAACACAAUAAUUGCAACCCAAAAUAUAUUCAAUUUAACUUGAAAUGUAAACGUGACAAGAAAUAUGACCCCUUUAAAUUCUAUAACAAAUAAACAAAUAAAAAGGUGGGAAUGUAAUGUAUGUAUAGGAAAAGUAAAUUUUGCUGUCAAAUCCAAAGGGUUUUUUAAGAGCACAAUUCACGGUAACAACAGAGAAAUAUUGCACAUAAUGAUGGAUUGUGUUUGCUGACCUAUACAAAUUAGUCCAGUUCCAGGCUUCUGGUUUUGAAUGUGUGACACAGUGAGGGAAGCAUGAACAGCCAAUGGCAAUGAUUUCCUGUGGCGCUCUGCAGUACAACAUGGAGGAAUGAGUCUGUCACUGAUUUGUUUGUUGCAGUGAACCACAUUCUUUUCCUCUAGUUUCCACCCUUCUUUAUUGACGCUAUCACAACGUGGAUUUCAACAAAUAAGAUACAACGUUAAAGAAACCAAUAAUGGGCUAUAGUUGGAAGAUAAACUUCAGUGUGUAACAGGCAGAUUUGUUGCUGCUUUAUCUCUCAGUCUUUGUUUUGCAUUUAUUGUUUGGUCACUCAAUGUCACAUGAUGGUGGUACUUAUCAUUAAUACCAUCAUGCAGGUUUCACUGUGUACAUACUUUUUAGAGCCUGCUGAAGACUAAAUGAUGUCAGUGAGCCUCCCCUUCAUUUCCUUUAGAUUUUUUAUACUGUUGAAUAAAAUACACAUUUCUUACA